AUGACAUUAAAAAAAUUAGGAAUUGGCUGUUUUGGAUAUUGUUCAUCACUAACAUCAAUUACUAUUGACAACAUCCAAUUUAUAAGUGAAGAAAGAAUAUUUAUUAAUGAACCUGUGUUACUUAGUAUGGAAACACCAGAAAAUCUAAAACAAAUUAAUGGAAAGAAUAUUGAAAAGAGAGAUAUCAAUGAAUUUAUUAUCCCAACAACAAUUAAUGAAAUUGGAGAUUAUUGUUUUAGUAGAUGUUCAUCAUUAACAUCAAUUAAUAUACCAACUACAAUCAGUAAAUUAGGUGGUUGGUGUUUUUUUGGAUCUACAUCAUUGACAUCAAUUGAUAUUCCAACAACAAUUAUCGAAUUUGGAGAUUAUUGUUUUUGUAAAUGUUUAUCACUAAAAGAAAUUAAUAUACCAACUACAAUUACAGCAUUUAGAGAAGGCUGGUUUUCAGAAUGUUCAUCAUUAACAUCAAUUACAACAGAAAAUCUAAAAUUUAUAAGUGAAGAAAGAAUAUUUAUGAAUGAACCUGUGUUACUUAGUAUAGAAAUUCCAAAAAAUUUAGUGAGGAUUAAUGGAAAGAAUAUUGAAAAGAGAGAUAUCAAUGAAUUUAUUAUUCCAUCAACAGUCAAUGAGUUAGGAGAUUAUUGUUUUUAUCAAUGCUCAUCAUUGACAUCAAUUGACAUUCCGUCAACUGUUAGUAAAUUAGGUGAUCAUUGUUUUUGGGGAUGUGAAUCAUUAACAUCAAUUGAUAUACCAAGUUCUGUUAUUAAAAUAGGAAAUGAUUGUUUCGAGUCUUGUUCAUCAGCAAUUAAUAUUAAUAUACCAUCAUCCAUUACUGAAUUAAGUAAAAACUGUUUUGAAGGAUGUCGUUCAGUAACUUCAAUUACUAUUCCAACGUCCAUUAGUAAAUUAGGAAAUAGGUGUUUUAGUCGUUGUUACUCAUUAAUAUCACUUCAUCUACCAACAACAAUUACAUCAUUUGGAGAACACUGCUUCGAUCUAUGUGAUGACAAACUGAAAGAAAAUAAACAAAUACCAAGGAGAUGUUUUGAAUAA